ACACUUCACAUCCUAGGCGUGUGUUCACCACACUUCAAUUCUCUUCUUUCAUUUUCACUAUUUUUUUUCUCGUUUAACAAAAGAAACCAAAACCAAAAGGUCCUAACCAUGGAAUCAAACAACAACAACUUGAACCUAGACAUGGAGAAAGAUCAAGAAACGACUUUCGACUACUCCAAACGAGCUCAAUGGCUACGAGCCGCCGUGCUAGGUGCCAACGAUGGUCUUGUCUCAACGGCUUCACUUAUGAUGGGUAUUGGUGCGGUGAAGCAAGACGUCAGAAUCAUGCUCUUAACCGGUUUUGCCGGUUUAGUGGCCGGAGCUUGUAGCAUGGCGAUCGGAGAGUUUAUCUCCGUUUACUCUCAGUACGACAUAGAGGUGGCUCAGAUGAAGAGAGAGAGCGGAGGGGAGACAAAGAAAGAGAAGCUUCCAAGUCCAACGCAAGCGGCUAUCGCGUCUGCAUUAGCAUUUACUCUAGGAGCGAUUGUGCCGCUAUUGGCGGCUGCGUUUGUGAAAGAGUAUAAAGUUAGGAUUGGAGUGAUUGUGGCGGCGGUUACAUUGGCGUUAGUGAUGUUUGGAUGGUUAGGGGCGGUUUUGGGAAAAGCACCAGUGGUUAAGUCGUUGGUUCGGGUUUUGAUUGGAGGAUGGUUAGCUAUGGCCAUUACGUUUGGUUUUACAAAACUCGUUGGGUCACAUGGUCUUUGAUAUGUAUGUGUGAGUUUACUUACGUGACCAAACCCUUCUUCAUGUUUCAUGCUUCAAAAACUGGAAAAAAAAAUGUAAUAAGUAGAAUUAAUUUCUAAUGAAUUCCCUUUACAAUUUUU